CCGUCAAUAUUUCUUAUCAGAUAUUAAUUUUAAAGGCAGUGUCGUAGCCGUGGGGUUAUCGCUCUCGGGUGCGGUGGACAGUUUGGUCCGUGGAGACGCGUGGGCUUAAAGCUUCUGCAUCAAACUGCAACGGAGCCCCUUUAUUUAAUUUGUGCAUCUCUACAGACAGCAGGCGCAUCUCUACCGGCCUCGCACAGACAGCUGUCAUUUCUGUAAAAUGUUGCAUUUGUGCGUGUGAGAGGUUUGAUGUAAAGCGGGUUUAUUGUGCAGGAUGACUUAUUUUCCCACGCACAGGGUGUUGCGCUUCAUGUUAGUCGUCUGAGAUCGAUCCUGCUAAGGGGACUGCGUAAAAUCAAAGCUAAACAGUGCAAGCGACAAAAAGAGCCGACCCCCAUGACUUGAAGACUAUUUUUCUGAAGAGGAUCACUGCUCACCUCGACCUCACUAUGCCAGUGUGGUGGAGGAUGGAGAACAUUACAUGACCCCAAGGGAUUUUGUACAGAGUUACCUGGGACUGCACAAUCAGCCUCAACACAAUCCCAAAACUGUGGAGCUCAUAGCUGGAGUGGCUGACACCACCAAAGAUGGACUGAUUUCUUUCCAGGAGUUUCUGGCCUUUGAAUCCGUUCUGUGCGCCCCAGAUGCCCUGUUCAUUGUUGCCUUUCAGUUGUUUGACAAGACUGGCACAGGGAACAUCUCAUUUGAAAAUGUACGGGACAUCUUCAGCCAGACCACAGUUCAUCACCACAUUCCCUUCAACUGGGACUGUGAGUUCAUCAGGCUACACUUUGGCCAUGAACGAAACAAGCACCUCAACUACACGGAGUUCACUCAGUUUCUGCAGGAGUUGCAGUUGGAGCAUGCCCGCCAGGCGUUCGCACAAAAAGACAAGAACAAAAGUGGCACCAUUACUGCCUUAGACUUCAGUGACAUCAUGGCCACCAUCAGGCACCACAUGCUGACUCCAUUUGUAGAGGAGAAUUUGGUUUCAGCUGCAGGAGGCAGCACCUCCCACAUGGUGAGCUUCUCCUACUUCAAUGCCUUCAACUCCCUCCUCAACAAUAUGGAACUUAUACGCAAGAUUUACAGCACCCUCGCUGGCACCUACAGAGACACUCUUGUUACCAAAGAGGAAUUCGUUCAUGCUGCCAAUAAGUUUGGUCAAAUCACUCCAAUGGAGAUUGACAUCCUGUACCAACUCGUUGGUCUGCACUCUCACUCUGGGCGGCUGAACCAUGCCGACAUAGAGAGGAUAGCCCCGCUGGAGGAAGGAGCCAUGCCAUACCACCUAGCAGAGGCCCAGAGACAGCACGGUCACGAAACGUCUCGGCCCGUCUGGCUCCAGGCUGCAGAGUCUGCCUACAGGUUUAUGCUGGGCUCAAUCGCUGGAGCAACCGGUGCUACGGCCGUGUACCCCAUUGACCUGGUGAAGACCCGCAUGCAGAACCAACGCUCUACCGGCUCCUUUGUAGGUGAACUGAUGUACAAGAACAGCUUUGACUGUGCGAAAAAAGUGCUGCGUUACGAGGGCUUCUUCGGAUUCUACAGAGGUCUCCUCCCGCAGCUCAUUGGUGUUGCCCCGGAGAAAGCUAUCAAACUCACGGUGAAUGAUUUUGUCAGAGACAAGUUCACCACACAAGAUGAUACCAUCCCUUUGGCAGCAGAGAUUCUUGCUGGUGGAUGUGCUGGUGCUUCCCAGGUGAUUUUCACCAAUCCUCUGGAGAUCGUUAAGAUCCGUCUGCAGGUGGCCGGAGAAAUCACUACGGGCCCCAGGGUCAGUGCCCUGAAUGUUGUGAGAGACCUGGGCUUCUUUGGCCUCUACAAGGGAGCAAAAGCUUGCUUUCUGCGAGACAUUCCCUUCUCUGCCAUCUACUUCCCUGUUUAUGCCCACACCAAAGAGAGGCUGGCAGAUGAGGACGGAAGGCUGGGGGCACUGCAGCUGCUCACAGCUGGAGCCAUCGCAGGUAUACCGGCGGCUUCACUUGUGACCCCUGCUGAUGUCAUCAAGACCAGGCUCCAGGUGGCGGCCCGAGCCGGUCAGACAACAUACAAUGGAGUCAUCGAUUGCUUCAGGAAGAUCCUUAAGGAGGAAGGUUUCAGAGCGUUUUGGAAGGGCGCAGGAGCUCGCGUCUUUAGAUCUUCACCACAGUUUGGUGUAACCCUGGUGACCUACGAACUGCUACAGAGAUGGUUCUACGUGGACUUUGGAGGACAUCGUCCUGCUGGGUCAGAUCCCAUUACCAAACCCGCCAUCCAGGACCUUCCCUCUGUGACUCCAGACCACGUGGGAGGCUACCAUUUAGCUGCUGCAACGUUCGCUGGAGUGGAGAGAAAGUUUGGUCUGCACCUGCCUAAGUUCAAGCCCUCUGGAGAGGUGACAAUCAAACCAGCAGAGUCCAAAACAGAGCCACAGCCCUCAUAAACCGUUACUGUUUGUGGGCUGCAUGCUCCCUGAUUCUUAAUUUUCCCUCUUUUCAUUGCUCCAUAAUGGUUUUAUUGAACCAUGCUGAAAUGCUUUUGAGCAUUGUCUUACUUUAAAUGCUGCAUGAGUAUGGCUUUUUGGUGUUUGCAUAGCUUGCACAAUUUAUUGUACAUAUUGUACUUCUCUACAGAGGGACAUUAUGGCAUUAUGAAAGAUUGUUACUGCAUUUUUCUGGCGUGCAGAAGCUUUGGUGUGCAUGUGUUACAUUUCAGAGGAUGUACAGAUGUUUUCAAAGUGUUUAUUUUGAAAUCACGACCAGAGUCUUGGGAAAUAAUUUAAAUGUAUUUAUUGUAUUUUAUUGAAAUAAAUCUUUUAAACUGUU